UACUUUCAUUUUGGUACAGCACAGAAGGUGCAUUUUAAAUAACUUUAGUUUGCUUCUAGAUGCGUUUUAUUUGCGCCCUAACGCUAUACUGUGUAUUUAUGUAUGCAUAUUAAAAUGUGUAUUUGCACAGAAAUAAGAUUAGAAUAAGCAUGUCCAGUGAUUGAGCAUGUGCAGUAGUGCAGUGUGCUCACAGUGUUACAGAUGUACAGCAUUCAGUUUGUCUUCAAGUUCCAGAAAAGAUCUGGAGAGAAAUAAGGUAUUUAUAAUGUAUUACUCGCAGUCUAAGAUAUCAGUCUGUUCUGAAUUGCACAGUUCCUAGCGUUAUAGCAUGUGGGGGUCGGGGUCCUUUCUCUAUAUUUCUGCGGUGUUAUGGAUUGUUUGCAGGCCAGUUUGUUUACAUGAUCUGGAAAUCUAAUAUAACCCCUCCCCGAACCCUGUGUCACCGUGUGCGUCAGACGACACAAAUAAAAGGUUUUAUAUGACACCCGCAUGCGUGUUAACUCGACUGGGGAAAGUUUUAUUUUUUUUUUUUUUUUUUUUGCGCAGGCGCAGUGGCACCUCGCUACCACAACACAGUCACACAGCAACGGCUUCUUCUGGUUCCGGUGAUCCGCUCUGCGAUCACACAGCUACAGGUUAGCAGCGAAAGCAACUCGGGGCAAGCUGACAAUCGUUAAAAGUUAACCAUUAACCCGUUUAUCUUGUAAUAAUGCGCAGAAAGCGAGGCAGCUGGUUUAAAAGAAGAGAAGGGGUUAGUCAUUGACGAGGCUGUUACAGCCGCUCUACUCGGAUAACAGCGUUAAUGAGGGCUUAUUUAAUAGUGCUGAUCUGUCACUAGGACGAUAACAGCAAUUUAUGAGAGCUCUGGAAUCGGCGAGGUCAAUAAAAAUUAAAAACGGGAUCUUUAUUAUCAUUAUUUAAAAAAAAAAAAAAAAAAACAGCUUCCACAUUUAGCCGUACAACCAAAACAGUAUGGUCUAUGAUGCGAUACACGGUGGACGGUAAAGUUACCGACCGCAUUCCCGGCCCUAACUCAGUCCAAGCAAGCGACCCUGUCUCAAUCAGAACAAGACGAGUCCACUCCAGCAUGAAGAGAAAACUCUGACUAACGGAACCGAAAUCGAGAAGCUGGACCGUGCAAGAAAGAACAGGCAAGCAGGCGUGGGUGUCCGGUCUGAUACUUCACUGUAGUCCGGCGGGUCUGCUGACAUGUCCGUGCCCUCACCGGUCCAAAUCAAGGAGGCUAACGCUCACCUCGCCGCGGUGCACCGGCGUGUGUCAGAGCUGGAGCGGCGGCUGGCGGCGGCGGAGAACACGGUUCGGGAACAGGCGGAGAGUCUGAUCCGAAAAGACGAGCAGCUGCGGGCUGCCACUCAGGAAAUCACAGAGGCCAAGGACAGGGAAAUCGCCUUCUUGCAUGAAAAGCUUUGCAGCUCCGAGGAGACUAUUCAGAAGUUCCAGUGCGUCAUCAAAGAGAAAGAGGGUUUGAUCUUACAGCUGAGGCAUCGGAGCCAGAUACUGAGCAACAUCUGCAAGAGCCGCCCCCUGCUGGACAGCAUGCUCUCCUACAUGGCAGAGGCGGAGCGGCUGGGCUCAGUGGCUGGUGGAGGGGACACGGUGAGAAGCAUGCCUGUGGCAGAUGAGCUGGCUCAUUCAAACUGCAGCUCCAACAGACUUGUGAACCACAAGGAUUUCUCACUGAGCGAGGAUGACAACGACGAGCAGGACCUGGAUGAAACCGUGUUCGGGACGACUGUAUAGAGUUGAGUGGGCAGGUGCUACCACUGCUACAGCUGUAGUCAAAGGUUUUACAUCCCCUAGUAUUCUAGGAUUGAGACAUAAUUAAACUAUAUGAAAGUAAUUUAGAUAGUUUAUUUAUCAUGUAAUCAAAUAAACUAUACAGUUAUAUUGCAAGUCUGCUGGAAGCCAUAAUAGUAGCAUUUCUAGACUUUUUUUCGAUUGUCAGUUUUUUCUUGAAGUGUAUGGAAAACUGCAAAGCGGCGUGUAAUUCAAAAUGUUAGCAUAACAUUAUUCAGCAGGUUUCAUUCGACUUUAUGAAGCAGAAGGUGACGCAAAACCUUUGGCCAGAGCUGUAGGGGCUUUGGUAAAGCCCCUUUAGCGCUGAAGUGUCGCUUGGGGCCAAGGGGUUAGACUCAUGAAUGGCCCUGGUGUGUCCAAGGCACACACAGCGGGCAGCGGUGUGCUUGCACUCGGCUGCGUCCCACGCGCGGUGGAAAAUUCCCAGCCGAAUGCAGCUAGACCAGCAGCCUGUCUCGUGAGAAAACGAAAAAAGAAGUCUGUUGUAUGAGUCUAUCUUUCAGGUUCUUUUUUAGUUUUUUUUUUUAUCUAGUUCUAGCACACAAAGAAAGUUGCAAUUACUGUAUAUAAAUAUAAAUAUUUUAAUACAUUUUUAAAAGCUUUGUUUAAUCCACUUAAGGGGGGGGGGGUGCAUUCAGUAGCAGUUUAACAGCAGAAAUCUGUGUAGUUACAGCAGUACAAUUGAGUGUUUUCAUUUUGUUUUGUGAAACCGGCCCUGCGUGUCUUUAUCCACACCACAGGCUGUUAUAACUGUUCAUUGCCAGCAGUUUUCUUUUUUUUUUUUUUUUUUUUUUUAAUCUUUGAACACUGCAGAUCUAGGUCUUAAAAGCGCUUGUUUGGGUAUAGGGAUUGGGUAAUAUAAACUAUAUAUGGUUGUUUUGUUUUAAAUAGUUUAAUAAAUACCAGUAAUAAUACAUAAAUAUACUUAUUUGGGGGGA